UUGAUAGUGUGGCAGUUGAGCAGGACCCAGAAGCUUUUGGAGUGAAAAGGGAUGGGAUGCUGUGCACUGCAGCUGCCUGUUUCUUUCAGCGGAUGUGAAAGCUGGUAAUUGGGCUGUAUUUUGAACUGAGCAUGGGCUGAAGGACAAGGGACAUCCACUCCAUUCAUUCCCAAGAGCUGUGCAAAUAGCCACAGAGCUGCCGCUCACCACAGAAGGUUUCUGUUCAAGCUCAAUAUGGAUGAUAUUAUGGCGAACCUGAAGACCUUUCAGCCCGACUAUGGAGCAGGGAUACAUGAGCCCCUGAUGAGCUUAAAAUGCCGUGCCAAAGGACUGACAGUGACUGCCUGUGCCCACGCAUUCUUCUUCUGCAGACUGCUCCAAGCCACCAGGCAGAAAAGAGAGGGUGACAGCCAAGGCCUGAAGCUUGGGAUUAUUGGUGGAGGCCAUAUUGGGAAACAGCUGGCCAGGACAAUGUUGCAUCUGGGUGGCAUGUCAGGAAAGAGCAUCCAGAUAUCUACAAGGCGUCCAGAAACUCUGGGAGAAUUUGAGACACUGGGAGUUGCCUGCUUUUAUGACAACAGGAAGCUGGUGGGCUGGGCAGAUGCUGUAUUUCUCUGCUGUCUUCCGUCUCACCUCCCACACAUUUGUGCAGAAAUCCAGGAUGCACUUACAAAAUGUUGCAUUAUCUACAGCUUGGUCACAGCUAUCCCUCUGCCCAGGCUGAAACAACUUCUUUCCUCCAAUAACAUCUUGAGGCCACAGUACACGUUUGUGGAGGGUGGACUUUUUCAGAUGUGGGAGGCCAGCAGGACAGUUGUGGAAGCCCUCAAAGACCCAGCUGUUAUCCAAGCCACAUGUCCCUGUAACCCUAAUGCGGAAAUUGUUGUCAAUACAAAGUGGCUGGCAGCAGUUUUCUAUGCAGCUCUAAACAGCUACACAUGGCAGCGUGUAACCUACAUGAGAGCCCUGCUCUUCCUUAAUGAAGCGUGUUUUCCUGCAAAAGCUAGCACCACCUCCUUAGAUAAUAGAUCGGAAUCGCCAGAGCUAGUUUGUGAAAACUUCAUCAACCAAGCCUUCGCUUCCACCCUGCAAUGUAAUAAUACUUUCCCAUGGUUUGACCUGACAGCUGUACAGCAAAGGGACUCACCUUUUAGCCAGUUUCUUGAAUCAACUACAUCUUUCCAGAAAGUUGCUUUAUUAUAUCGUAACUUGAUUGCUGUAUUAUCUACAAACACUGAAGACUCAAUUAGCGCUGUCUCUAAGAAGACAUCUCUUUCAGCUGUCCUACUGAACCCCACCAAGACUUUGAUUCAUGGCCUAGAUGGGACUUUCAUAAGCAAAGUAGAAGAGGGAUCUAGUUCUGAUUCUGAAGAGACAUAAAUUAAUUAUGGUGUGACUCCAGUCAAGAAGAAGUAGGAAAGGUAUUGCUUUUAAUCUCAGUACUAAAACCUAUGUAAGUAUUAAGUAACUACUACCCUUUCUAACCACAUACAUUUCAGGAAUCCAAAUAGUGAUUUGUAAUGAAAAAAUAUAUCAAUAGGGGGUGAUAUUUAGCAAUGGAAAGUUUGUAACAGAGGCUAAGCAGGGAAGAAUUACUACAAACUGAAUCUCAGA